GGCGGGCGAGGGAGGGAGGCAGGAAGGCGAGGAGGCGGAGUGUGCGGAAAAGUCUCCCUCCCAGAAAGAGAGGGGGGAAAGCGCCCUCGGAAGAGCCGCCUUCGCCGAGGCGGAGCAAGAAGCCGAGCGGCAGCCAAUCCGAACCCCUCCAUCCCCUCCAGAUGCAGGGCCCCCUCCCCCCCGCGCCCCCCUCUCCAAGGGCUCCCCUCGGCUCCUAGGGUUCCUUGCCACGCGGACGGCGUUGCGCCCCGAGAAGCUUGGGCAGCGCCUUUGGGGGUCUCCGAAGCGUGGGUAUUGGGUUCCUCCUUGGCUUGGAAACCCUUUGGCCCCCGCUUGAUCUUCGCCUUGGAGUCGAGGAGGAGGAAGAAGAGGAAGAAGAGGAGGAGGAAGAGGAAGGCGCAAGAGCGCAGGGCGCAAAGGUCGGCUUUCUCGCUUUCUCUUUCUCUCCCUUCCCAUCACUCAGACAGAUUUCCUGGGCGUCUGAGAGCACCUGAAGCCCUGCCCUUUCCUUGAAGGAGGAGGGCGUGAACCUGAUGAUAAGGACAUCCUCUCUCUAGUGGUUCAUGUUUCGCCACCCAGACAGCAUCUCGGCUUUGAUCGCUCCAAACUCCCCGCAGCGCCAGGGCUGGAUGGAAGAGGGACAAGGCUCUGCCAUGAGCCGCUACAGCUUCUCCAACCUCUUGGACUGGAUGUAUGGAGGCGUGGACCCCAGCUUCGAAGGCAACGGGGGUCCCGAAUGUGCCGCCUUCCUCCCCUGGAAGCAGCGGCUGGUGGAAACUGUGGUCUUCCUCAGUUUGGGGUUUUUGGAGGUGGUGGUGUCGCUGCGGAAGAUCCGGCAGAGCCAUGCCAAGGAGGCAGGUGACUUGCUCGCUCAGUCCCGGAUCAAGCAGGAAAGCUGGGGGAAGAACCUGCUCCUUGUCGCUCUUUGCCUCACUUUUGGGCUAGAAGUGGGCUUCAAGUUCGCAACUAAGACGGUCAUCUACUUGUUGAAUCCGUGCCACGUGGUCACCAUGAUGCAGAUUUUCCUGCUGGCCUGCCCUCCCUGCCAUUUUGCAAUGAUCCUCUUCAGGUUGCAGAUGCAUAUGCUUAAUGGGGCGCUUUUGGCGUUGCUUUUCCCCGUGCUUAAUACACGACUGCUACCUUUUGAAGUGGAGGUUUACUACAUCCAGCAUAUUAUGCUGUACAUCGUUCCCAUCUAUCUACUGCGGAAAGGAGGUGUCUACACUCCGGAACCGUCUUGCAAUUUCUGGUGGGCCUUACUCGCCACUGGACUGAUGUUCGUGUAUCACUUCACGGUUUUACAGAGUCUGGGGAUGGCCACAGAAGUGAACCUGAACAAUAUGCUCUGCCCAGCCAUCUCGGACCCUUUCUACGGCCCCUGGUACCGGAUAUGGGCCUCCGGGCACCAGACGCUCAUGACCAUGAUUCACGGGAAACUCAUUAUGACGAUCUUCUACAGCACUGUUCCCAUCUGCAAGUUCUGCCUGGAUUUACUCCGGCUUCCAGCUAAGAAAAUAUCCUGAAUUCUCUUUGGAAGGAAGCGGAAGAGGACCGUGCUCGAAGCAGGAAGGAAAAGGCCAUGCAUCCAACGUUCCUUCCAUUUUUUUCCAUCUGUUGUGAAGUAAGGCCUUUCCUUCCCUUGUAUCCCCUUUCUGUUUGAUUUUUCAAUGGCGAAAUUUGUGGCCUUAUUGGGGGAGUGACACUGACUCGACUAAUUCUUUCUAUCCAGCCAAAUUUGGCAGCUUUGGACCAUUUGAGCCCUCCAAAAAGAGUCAGGAUCUCUUCCAUGUUCUCCCAGAGAAGCCAGUUCACUGCCGAUCCUUUUGACCAGCUAACCCACCGAGGGCUAGUUUCAUAAUUUCUCCCCUGGAAAUGCAGUUUUUCUUCUGCAUUGCGGGCAUCUCUUGAUUCUCUGCCACCUUUGUUCUAUCUCAUUUUCAAGACUGUCUCCAAAUCAGUAAUGUUUUGCUGUUAUGGCUGGUUGAAACAACUUGGAACAAUAACAGCAACAUAUUUGCUAAAUAUCAACUUUGGAAGCUGUCUGUGAUUUUCUGUUUUCUAUCCAUUGCUAGCCCGUGGAUUGCUCUUCUUAUGGUGAGAAACAGGAGGCUGGAAUAAGUCUUGUCCACAAUGUAGAAGAUGAAUUGCAAUGCACGGUGCCCUGGCUGCAAGUAAUGGAACAGGAAGGAUCGUCCUUUAAAGAGACGGUUGGGUCGGAGAUAAGUAUGGCCCUCGACAAAGCAAAACUGUCCAUUUGAAAUUAACGGGUGCAUUGACGCACUCCUCUUUUUUGUGGUUUGCAAUGCAGACUACUCCCCUGAGAAAGGAGCCCAAGAAAGACCCAAGAAAUUGUCUCGUCAGGGAAAAAUAUUACCAUAUUUGGAGCAAAUUUGGGAUGUUCCUUCUACAUAAAGGACACACGAGUUUACCAAAAGAUCAUGUAGAGAGCAUUGUGGCCAAUGUAGACCAGUAUUCUGUAUCAGCAACUUUGUUAAGAAAACUAAUUAGCAACCGUGAGUCUGGAACAUCAACCUAGAUUUACUAAUUUGUAACUUAAGUCCAUAGUUGCAACUUAGGGCGCAUCUACACAGUAAAAUUAAUGCAGUUCGACCUCACUUUAGCUGCCAUGGCUCAGGGCUGUGGGAUCGUGCGCAAUUAUAAGGUCUUCCGCCUCCUCUGCCAAUAGGUGCUGGUGCCUCGCCACACUACAAAUCCCAGGAUUCUAUAUUAUUGAGGCACUGCAGUUGAAGCAGUGUCAAACUGCAUUAAUUCUACAGUGUAGAUGCACCUCAAGGAACCAGUGAGAAGCUGUUCGAGAGGGCCCUUAUGCCCUCCUGAAGCGAUGGACUGCAACUCCCAGCCUCCCUAGUUUGGGGAUGUUGGGAUGUGUCCGGAUUUUUUUGCAUUGAGAAAAUCUCCUAGAGCAAUGGUUCUCAACUAGCUGGUAAACUGGCUGGGAUUUCUGUGAGUUGGAGGCCAAAACACAUGGGGACCCACAGGUUGAGAACCACACUGUCCUAGAGAGACCAUACUAUUGAGCCAAAGCAGUUAAAAGUGCGGUGAAACUGCAUUCAUUCUAUGUUGUUAUUAUUAUUAUUAUUAUUUGAUACAUAACAAGAUUAGUACACAGCAAACAAGAUCACUAUGCUGGCUGUUGUAUUGAAUUACACAUCGGACACUUCCCAAGUGUCUAGGAUUGUGUGAUAUAUCUGUGAAUAAUGCAUGCAGAUCUGAGUAGGGUGACCUUUUGCAGCUGACAGAUGGUAAUUUUGUCAGUGCCGAUUGUUUUCAAGUGUUGGCCAAGGUCUUUAGGCACUGCACUUAGUGUACCGAUCACCAAUGGGACCACCUUUACUAGCUUGUGCCGGAGUCUUUGCACUUCUUUAAAUCCUCAUAUCAUGUCAGCUUUUCCGGUUGCCUCUUGUCAAUUCUUCUGUUGCCUGGGAUUGCAACAUCGACGAUCCAUACUAUUAUUAUUAGCAUUAGUAUUAGUAUUAUUCAGUGCAGAUGCAACCUUAAGUCACAAUUAUGACACUGUUGCCCCCCUUAAACCUACUUUACUAUACAUCAAUUGGAGCAGAAUGUCAACCAAGCUGCAUUUUCACUGUAGAAUUAAUGCAGUAUGACACCCUUUAACUACCAUGGAUCAAUGCUAUGGGAUAUCGGGAGUUGUAGUCCAGUAAGGCAACAGCACUCUUGGUCAGAGAAGACCUCAUAGAACUAUAAUUCCUAUUAUUCCAUCACAUUGAUCCAUGGCAGUCCAAAGUGGAGUCAAAGGGUAUUGAUGCACCCUAAGCACGAAGUCGCAAAUGCAGAAUACUGUUGUCGUUUUGUUUCUUUUCUGCCUUCGGCGCACACAUUUCUCUUGUCGACGGACUCGCCGGACGCAGCGACUGUCAUAAUUCCACACUGCGAACAGCCACUCGAUACCUCAAGAUGAGAGAUCUUUGCCUUAAAGGACAACCUUGCAACUCUGCAAACCAAGGGGAAAAGGGUUUCCGGGGCUAUUCCCACUCCAAGACUUGAAUCGCAUUGGCAAUUAGGGAAAAAAGUAUCCUGGUUUUGUGAGCACCUUGGUUACAUAUUUAUAGCCGGUGAGGAUUUUUGUAUCCAUUUAAUACUGUGAAUGCGCUUUACUGCCAUGGAUCUCUCUCCAAUGAGUCGGAAUAUUCCCGCGUUUUUCACAUCUUUUGCUGAAAGUUGGGGAAGUCCUUUGCGGACAAUCGCGGAUUCUCUUUUAUAGCCUUCUCUGCGUUUUGGGAAUCUUAAUGUGUACAUUGUUUACUCUUCCAGGUGGCAUGUUUAGACGGGCAUAUAUACAUAUAUAUAUAUCUAUAUAUCUCGAUAGGGCAAUCAUUAACAAAAUAGCGUAGACAUAAUCUCUUUUCCUGUUUGCAUGUAAAAGAGAGAGAGAGUUGGACAAUAAGCCAGGAUUUGUUAUAGUGAGUAUAGAAAAAAGUGAAAUUUAUGCACAAUGGAUAACAUUGGACUUUUAGACUUUUGGUUUUUACUUGGCUCUGCACACAAAGGCCUGGAUCCUAUGAGAAGUCUUACCUAGAAUUAGAGCCAUUGAUUCAAUAUGAUUUGCAUUAAGAGUUGACACAGGCAACUCAAAUGUAGACUCCGAAUUCAUUCAGUUUGACACUGAUGUAACCGCCAUGGCCCAAUGCUACAGAAUCAUGGGAGUUGUAGUUUUACUCUUCUGUGCCAAAGAGGGCAGGCGCCUCACCAAGCCGCAAAUCCCAGGAUUCCAUAGCAUUGAGGAACUGAGCAGUUGAAGUGGCGUUGAACUGCAUUAAUUCCAGUGUGGCUGCACCCAAAGAAGCAGCGGGAGGCCAUUGGAGAGAAUUGCUAUGCCCUCUUGACACGAUAAGAUGACAACUCUCACCCACCCCAGUUGGGAUGUGUAGUUUUUCAGAUUAACAAGGCACAAAGUAGAGCAAAGUGGCUCCUUUGCCAAGGCAUAGCUGAGGCCAAACCCAUUCUAAGAAAUGGAGCCAAGAAACUGGGUUUCUGUUAGUUUUCUGGACUGUAUGGUCAUGUUCUAGAAGCAUUCUCUCCUGACAUUUCACCCACAUCUAUGGCAGGCAUCCUCAGAGGUUGUGAGGAUUCCUCCAGGCUGAAAGCAGCCAGGCUUUGAAGCUGCAAGGUCAUUCAGUACUAAUCAAGGUGGCCAAUUGCAACAUUCACACUUGCCUUAAACAGACAAGAGUUCUUUCUCCCAUCCCAGAUUUUA